UUUGGAUCUAAGAGGAUUGUCUUUGGGGACUGGGCCAGUAACUUGGCCUGACAUGUAUGGGCCAGCAGAACGAGACGAGGCCUACAAGAGUUUCAGUCUGUCAGGUUGGGCUGGUCGAAGUGGUCAUGAUGCUCCAAUGAUCGCUCUGGAUGCCCUCUUAGGAGCAGGCUCAGACUGGGAGGAACUCAUGAGUCGAGCAGGAUUUCAUGGAGGAGACAGUGACAGCACUGCAGUGAUUGCCUGCUGCUGUUGGGGUCUGCUGUAUGGAAUGGAUGGAGUCCCCCAGUGUAACUAUAAAAAUCUGGAGUACAAGAGCCGACUGGAGAGUGUGGCACAAAAGCUGUAUGCUCUUUCUCACUGAUGAAGUAGAACUGUGAACAGAGAAAAUACAAAAAAAUUAAUAAAUCACAUAGGAAAAAGAUGCCAUGCCAUAAAUUAACAAAUUUAUGUCACUAUGCUGAAUAUUUUAGAUCAGUGAAAAUGCUUUUCAAAUAUAACACGUUUAAGGUAUGUUCACAAUGACAGAAAUUAAAUACAUAACAUUUUGGAUGCAGUUGUUUGACUUCCCAGUUUUGAGCUUAAUCAGAAAUGAAAGAACUUAAACAU